AAAUAUACGUAUUUUUCUCAUGGGUUUUCUUAGCUUCUUGGGUCGUGCUAGUUAUUCUCACCGUACAGUUAUAUCUACUCCGUAUUAUCAGAACAAAUAUUCGAUUUGUUCCUGACUGUAUAACGAAGAACCCGAAAAACAGCACUGUAUUCCGCACCUGUAUUCCAUUUUAUUUCUUUCCACUGUGAUUGGAUAAAAGAUGUCUUUUAACCAAUUACAGCGCAAUACUGGUGCACUACUUGCCAAUCAUAGCGCAGGAGGGCGGUGCUUGAAGGGAAAACGGGUAGGAAAGAAAAGCUAGUUCAUGAGCAACGUGUGAAACAGUUCAGGGUAUUUAACGCCUAAUUUAACCAUUAUAUAAAUUAAACAGAACAACAGACUAGCGAGACAGCGGUUCUAAAUAAUUUACAAUUGAAAAUAUUUUCAAACUAGGUAGCUUAAACUAGGCAGUUUGGUGUUACUUCAGCUGUGUUAAUGUGGAUUAAAGCAAAGCCCCUGAUGAAGGGGCAGCAUGGGCACUGUGGGGUAGUUACACAGGAGCUUGGUAUUAUUUGCUUAUUUAAUAAUGCAUACAAAGACAUUUUGAUGGGCAACUGCCUUACAAAAUACAAGGUGGUAUAAAGUGACUGGUGUAUUAUGGACAUAAAACCUAAAACAUACAAAACACUAUGCUAAAAUAAUUUAGACACCUGUACAAACCUGGGUGUAUUAUUGGGAUUAUUGCACUGAAGCUCUGUGUGAGAAAGAUGGUCAAUAAAAUGGCAAAAAGUUCCGUAAGUGUGCUUCUUUCAUGAUGGCCAAACCCAAUCGCUGCUCUUUGUUUGACCUUGUUGUUGACCUAAAGCUUACUGAUGGCCUCAGGGAAAUUUCAGAGUUUCAGAAUCAUCCAGAAACCCUCUGUCUCACUCUCAGAGAGGAAUUUCCUGAGGAUAAGAGAGGAACGGAUGUAAGACGAGGUGAGGCAGUGUCACUAACAGACGUGUCGGACAGGAAGUUUUGCUCUGCCUGUCAGUGCUCAUUUGAAAGUCGUGAAGAGCAGAUGGAACAUUAUAAGCUGGACUGGCAUCGCUUCAAUCUGAGGCAGCGACUGGCAGGACGAUCACCGAUCACAGUGGAGGAGUUCGAAAAAAAGACCGGAAUGGGUGACAUGUCGAGUAUUUCAGGUUCAGACUCUGAGAAUGAGGAGUCACAUAGUGAGGAGGAGGAAGGUGGUGGUGAUGGUGUGAUUUCUUCUGGAGGUCGUUUAUCUCCCAGGGUUUUGCUCCAAAAUUCUCAGGGACAAUAUUUUUGUCUGUACCGUUGUGCAGUACAGAAAAAGACAAGAGACAGUGAGGCAAAUUUGGUGGAUUCUCUACUAAACAUUUCGGACAAGACAGUGUGGGUGAUUCUGAUGACUGGCGGUGGCCAUUUUGCUGGAGCUGUUUAUAAAGGGAAAGAGGUUGUGCAGCAUAAGACGUUCCACCGUUACACAGUUCGAGCAAAACGAGGAACAGGUCAGAGCGCCCGUGACGCCCAGAAUAGAGCCCAUGCCCCUAAAUCAGCUGGAGCCUCUCUCCGGCGCUAUAAUGAGGCAGCUCUAAUAAAGUGCAUUCAGGAGCUGCUGAAGAGCUGGGCUGAAUAUUUAACGCAGGCUGACGCCAUUUUCCUUCGAACCCCUAAAUAUAACCGAAGUGUGUUCUUUGGAGGUCGUGGAGCACCACUGAUGAAAAAGGACUCAAGAAUUCAAUCGAUUCCUUUUGCUACUCGCAGAGCCACAUUCAGCGAAAUAACACGUGUACAUGAUGUCCUGUCAACAAUGCAAACUUAUGAUAAGAUCACAGACAUAUCCAGCAUUCUCAGUUCAUCCAAGAGACUGUGGCAGAAAAAAGCCUCAAAUCCAGCUAAUCAGAAUGCAGCAGUAGCCCACCAUGUAGUCCAACAGCAGGAUGAUCAGGAGGAAGAGGAGGAGGAGGAGGAGGUUUCUGUGGAGCUGCAGAUGGAAGAUGUGUCUUUAACUACUUUAGAUUUAAGGGAACAUGAGGUCAAACCUGGCAAGAAGAAACGACGGAAGAGGAAAGAGGGAAAACUAGAAACAAAAGAGAAAGAGGGGAAACCCAGAGAGAGAGAAAACCUGAAGGACGAGACUGGGAAUGAAAAGGUGGAGGACGAGACUGGGAAUGAAAAGGUGGAGGACGAGAAAACAAAAGGCAAGAAAAAUCUGAAGAACAGCAAACAUGAUGAAGAUGAGGUCUGUGUAUCAUGGGAGUUCAGCAUCAGAGACGCUCUCUACACCGCCUGUAAAACUGGUGACACGGAGGCAUUACACGCGCUUCUGAAGCAGGACACAUGCACGUUGAUCCGACUUCUUAACACACCAAUCGACUCAGCUGGAUACACACUGCUGCAUGUGGCGUCAGCGGCUGCGCAGAAACAUGCUGUUAAACUUUUACUGGAGAUGGGAAGUGACCCAACAUGCAGGGAUAGGAAAGGCCAGACACCAUAUGUAGUUGCACCAGACAAAGAAUGCAGAAACAUGUUCAGGAUGUUCAUGGCUGAACAUCCAGAUAAAUAUGACUAUGCUAAAGCUCAGGUUCCAGGACCGCUGACAGCUGAAAUAGAGAGCAAGAAAGCGGAAAAGAAAAAGGCACAGAAGGCAGCCAAGAAGCAGCGUGAGAAGGAGCAGAGAGAGGAGAAGCGACGAGAAGAGGAGGAACAAGAGGAGAAAAGAAGGUUUUUGGCGCUUAGUGACCGAGAAAAGCGAGCACUGGCUGCAGAAAGACGGUUGGCAGAGCAGGUAGCCACAACAGGAGGAACACUCACGAAUAUCAGGCGAUGCUGGCAAUGUGGAGAGUCUCUGCUGGGGAAAGUGCCAUUUGAAUAUCUAAAUUUCUGUUUCUGCUCAACACGAUGCGUCCAAACACACAGAAAAAAAACAACUGUGCUGCAAAAACCCUAACUCUGGCAAGAGUUAUUAGACUACUCCUGCCACAGCUGAAGAACUUCUCCAAUUCAUGCCUUAUAAUUUAUUUUAAUUUUGUGUUGUGUAAAUUUAAUAAUAGAAUUUACUCAAUACUCACUAACAAUCAGUAUCACAAACAUGAACAAAGGUGUGAUGGAAAUAAAAAAAAAAAAAGAA